AUCAGUUAGAAAUCAAUAGACAAAGAUGCGGGAAACAACCGGUUCGCUCAUGGGAAAAGAUGAAAAAAUUGCUGAAGGCAAGAUUCUUACCACCAAACUACGAACAAACUUUAUACAAUCAGUACCAAAACUGCCGCCAAGGUGUCCGGACAGUAGCUGAGUACAUUGAAGAAUUCCACCGCCUGAGUGCAAGAACAAACCUAAGCGAAAAUGAACAGCACCAGGUUGCAAGAUUUGUGGGAGGCCUUCGAUUCGACAUCAAGGAAAAGGUCAGACUACAACCAUUCCGUUUCCUGUCUGAAGCAAUAUCAUUUGCAGAAACGGUAGAGGAGAUGAUUGCAAUUCGAUCCAAGAAUCUAAAUAGAAGAUCAGCAUGGGAAACAAAUUCGACAAAAAGCAAAACAAACGACCAACCUUCAACCUCAACAAAAGCAAAAGGGAAAGAGAUUGAUAAUCAAGAAGUAGCCGUUGAAAGAAAGAAAGAACAGACGUUCAAGCCUAGUGGUCAGAACAACUACUCCCGCCCGUCAUUAGGAAAAUGCUUCCGAUGUGGCCAAACUGGCCACCUGUCCAACAACUGUCCGCAAAGAAAAACCAUUGCAAUAGCCGAAGAUGGAGGACAGACAAGUGAAGACAGUAUAGAAGCAGAGGAAGAAACUGAACUGAUUGAAGCAGAUGAUGGGGAAAGGGUCUCUUGUGUUAUCCAACGGUUACUAAUUACGCCCAAGGAAGAAAAGAACCUGCAACGCCACUGUCUUUUCAAGACAAGAUGCACCAUAAACGGAAGAGUAUGUGAUGUAAUCAUAGACAACGGCAGCAGUGAAAACUUCGUAGCAAAGAAAUUAGUAACAGUCUUGAAUCUAAAGGCUGAAGCACAUAUGAGUUUCAAUGGAUGGGAAGAAAGGUAGUCUUACUCCCUAUAACGAAAAAGAUUAACGAAGGGUUAAGAGGUGAGAAACAGUUAUUCAUCACUGUUAGUGGGAAAAACAUGCUUAAAGAAAGGGAACAAGACAUCCUAGGACUGGUUGUUAUUGAAAAAACCAAAGAAAAACAGGUUGAAGACAUAGAACCCAAAUUACAGCAGCUCCUUCAUGAGUUCCCUCAUAUAAAGGAUAUCUGGUACAAAUGCUCCAACUUCUUAGACGCUGAUGACUACCACAUUGUUGAAGGAUAUCUAUUUAAAGGAGAACAAUUAUGCAUCCCGCACACCUCACUACGUGAAGCCUUAAUAAAGGAAGCACAUUCUGGAGGGCUAGCUGGACAUUUCGGACAGAAUAAGACAUUGGAGAUCACUUCCAAACGAUACUACUGGCCGCAAAUAAGAAAAGACUCCAAUAAUUUCGUAAAAAGAUGCCCCAUCUGUCAAAGAACCAAAGGCUCCAGCACGAAUGCAGGAUUAUACUCGCCACUACCCAUCCCGACCUCAAUAUGGGAAGAUUUAUCAAUUGACUUCGUGAUUGGAUUACCAAAAACACAAAGACAAUUUGACUCAAUAAUGGUCAUGGUGGACAGAUUCAGCAAAAUGACACAUUUCGUAGCAUGCAAAAAGACAAAUGAUGCAAUCUACAUAGCCAACCUCUUCUUUAAAGAAGUAGUACGACUACAUGGAGUACCUAAAAGCAUAGUAUUAGACAGAGAUGUCAAGUUCCUGAGUCACUUUUGGCGAACACUGUGGAAGAAGUUUGACACAACACUGAAAUUCAGCACCACAGCCCACCCACAGACAGAUGGACAAACUGAAGUAACAAACAGGACCCUCGGUAAUCUGCUACGCUGCCUUAGCGGGUCAAAACCAAAACAAUGGGAUCUAGCAUUAGCUCAAGCUGAAUUCGCCUUCAAUAAUAUGAAGAACAGAUCAACAGGAAAGUCCCCCUUCGAAGUAGUUUAUACCAAACUACCACGAUUAACCUUUGAUCUCACUACACUCCCCACAACCGUGGAUCUCAACAACGAAGCAGAAUGCAUGGCAGAAAAUAUCAAAAAACUACACAAGGAAGUCCAUGAUCAUCUUAUACAGACAACAGACUCCUACAAAAAGGCAGCAGA